CUGCGUCACAUAUCCAAGAUAAUGUGCACUUUCACAGAUUGUAGUAGUUCCAGUCCACCUAAUUUACUUUUAGUUUUAUCUAAAACUUGUCUCGAAAUAGAGCAAAAUGGCGUCCAUAUACUAAUAUCGUUAGUAGAUGACUUAUAUGAAAUAGAUUCCGAAAACAGUACCACUCUCACACACGAAACUGAGGUUUGUGCUCUCAUGCGGGAGACAUCGCAAACAUUGUUAGAUGCCUAUGUUCGCCUGCAGGGUACAAAUAUAUCACAGAUGUUACGUAAAAGUGUUGAAACUCGGGAUUGGUUAAAUUGUUUGGAACCUCGGUCUGUGCGUGCAGUUAUGAAGCGUGUUGUUGAAGAAUUAUCUUCAAUAGAAAAUGUUGUUGCCAGUCUAUACGAAGCUGGUGUGCGUACUGCGGCGAGUAGUGACUCCAGCCGUAAAACCCAUUUUAGUAAUUUAACAGCAUCGAAACAACAAUUUCGUUCCAAUUGGUCCAAUUACACUCCAUCUCAGUUGGAUAGUUAUGUAUCGAAUAUACAUCGACUAUUUUCGGAGCGCAUAGAUAUAUUUACAUCAGUUGAAUUCUCUAAAGUUUCUAUCAUCACUGGAGUUGUGAAAAUUGGGUUGAAGACAUUUUUGGAAUGUGUGCGCCUGCGUACUUUUAGUAAAUAUGGACUGCAACAAAUACAAGUCGAUACACAUUAUCUACAGAUGAAUUUAUGGCGUUUCGUUACAGAUGAAAAUUUAGUUAAUUUUCUGUUGGAUGAAAUUCUUGGUUCAGCGGUACACAGGUGCCUAGAUUCUGUAUUAAUGGAACCAAAUGCCGUUGAGAUAAUAUGUGAACGUGCAUAAAAGGGACUACUGUUAAUAAAAAAAAU